CAAUGCCUGGGCCCUCGGGAUCGGCAGGAGGACAGGACAGCGUGGGUCCUCAUGAACCGGGCGCAGCGCCGGGCGGUGCUGUCUGUGAGGCUCUCAACCUGUCGCUGCGGCCGCCUCUACCCCAGGCCAACGGAACGCUGCAUCCCCCGCUGCUCCACCACCACCACCACCAUCAACCUCCACACCACCACCAACACCACCAACAGCUUCAUCAUCACCACCAGCAGCAGCAACCACCACCACCACCACAACAGCAGCCACCCCCAACUGCUGUUUCAGCUACGCCCAUCAACCCUGCUGCCACAACUGAUGCCUCUGAGACGUUUGAGGUGAAGUUUCACCCAGCAGUAGCAGUAGCGGCAGCUGCAGCUGCAGCCUCAGGACUAGUGUACCCUGAAGUUGCCCUAGACCUGGCGUCUGAUAAGGUGGCGGGGCUAGUAACUUCUGGAGAGGCAGGGGAGGACCGCGGGAUGCUAGAGGCAUCACCAGAGUACAAGGCCAAGUUGUACCCAUGUCCAGAGUGCCACAAAGUAUUCCGCCACCCCAUGUCUCUUCACCACCACCGCCAUGUGCACAAGGGUACCUACACUUGUCACUCCUGUGGCAAGGUUUUUUCCCGACGCUGGGAUCUCCACCGUCACCUGCACCGCUCCAAGAUGGGCUGCCGCCGCCCAAACCAUGUGACUACAGCUGCUGCGGUGGUGACCACAGCCCCUGGGACUGUCACCACCACCACUGCUGCUGCUGCUGCUGCUGCUGUAGCUGCGCACCGAGCCGAGUUCACUCUCGAUCUGAACAACCCCCCUUCCAACUGACUGUGAUAUCACUAGGCGAUACUAGAGCAUAGAGACGUAAAUAUUGUAGAGACUUGUAUUUGUUGUGUUGUUGCGACCAGUGCCACCAUGUUGGCACUGCCUCUGUGAUCACCAGCCAAAGAUGGAGUGCAGGCGCCCCUGUCAUACAUAUUAUGCCGACACCACCGCGCCACGUCCGAGAUUAUGCCCACAUUAUUAUACCCUUCUCAAGGACACACACACUCCGUUUUGGUCUGUUUGAGUUAAAUUUAAGAGCAAUGGAAAAAAAAUUCCCUCCUUGCAUCAUUGCUUGGUUUUUAGUCAGUUGAUUUUAGUCAUAUAGACUGCCUGUAUGUGAUAAUACCCCAGUGAUGCUUAUUAAUUCUUCACGUUUUGGUUCUCUGUGAUAUUUGCUUUAUUUUAGUUGCUGCCAUUACCGUUCUGGCAACAGUUCCCUUAGGCUUAUUGUCUCCUUACUCCCAUCUCCUUUCCUGCCACUCAACUAUAUAUAUAUAUAUUUAGAGUGUUGUUGGUAUUGUUGUUCCUAUAUACCUUACAUUAUCAGCUACCAGACGUGAAUGGUAUGUCGAAACUUAGGGCAAUAAUAAAUGUUAUGAUACUGAUGGCUGCCAAUUCAUUAUUUGUUCUGACCUUACUGCAUAUCUUUUGCCAACUGAUAGAGGUUUAUGUCUUCAGAAUAAUCAUGUUAAAGAAAAAUAUAUAGAUAAGUUCAUGAUCAGUGUUGCAGUAAAAAUUAUAUCUAUACACAUCUUAAGACCUAUGAGAAAUGUAUAUGUAUAUCAGAAAAUACUGUGAAGAAAAAUAUAUAUUUCCAAAUCACUGUUAUAUUGAGGUUUGAGAUUCUAGACAGUUGCAGAUAUUUUUAAUGAAAAUCUCUGAAGAACCACAUCCUGUAUAACUAUGCAAUAAAAUGGACUAAAACUUG